CGGUUAUCAUUUUCGCGACGCAGUUGGCAUUUUUGUUUAUGAAAAUGAUCGUAUAUCGGGAAGAAGGCACGAUGAAACGAAAAGAGUCUUAUAAUGUUUUCGCGAUUUCGCUGCCACGUUCAAAUGCGCCGCCGGUUGACAGUCACCGCGUCACGUGGUGACCACCCACAUUUCGGAUUGUGGGUAAACAAGAAGAGAAGAAAAAUAUUUCUGCGCGCGUAUCGUCAUCGUGGAGCAUUGUCGGUCCUCCUCAUCUUCAUCAUCAUCGUCAUCGCUGUCAUUAACGAUCGUCGCGAUCGUUACGUUAAAUCAAAAGAGGAAGAAAUAAACGAUAUACGACACGAAUAAAUCUCACGAUCACCGAGACAGGAAGAAAUUCGGAGAGAAGGUGCUUAAAAGUUUACCCUAGCGCUUUAUAACUUAUUAGAGGAAGAUUACGCGCGCGUAAGUGUAACCAGGCGCCCAGUGUGUAUAUGUAUAGUGUGUGUGUGUGUGUGUGCGAGGAGGCCGUAUAUUGGUCGCACACGCGCGGGCGCGCGCGCGACGAAAGCACGCAUCACGCACGCACUCACUCACUCCGCUGCUCCGCUCCGUGAGUCCCGCUGCGAAGAGUGAGGAGAACAGGAGAAGAGACCCGUACGGUGUACCGGGGCGGUGCGGAGGAAGGAGAGUUCGAGAAAUAGCCGGCCAUAUUUCGCGCGAGUGCUUUUACUCGCGUGCACAUACGCAAAGUCGCGCCGUACGUGUUUCGCCUCGCGUGUCGCCCCGUCUCUAUCUCUCUCUCGUCCCGCCUGUAUCAGAGUAUCUUUAUCUCUUGGCGCUCCGAUUUUUUUCUUUCCCUCUUGUUUUUUUCCUCCCUCGCGCACGUCUCACUCCCCCUCCCGUCUAACUUGCUCUGUGUCACAUUCUCUCUCUCUCUCUCUCUGCACGUUCUCUCUUUAUCUGUCCCGUGUCUCAUCUAAUCCUAUAUAUAUCGUAAAGAAAGUCUGUAUUCGUGUUUACCGGUCUAUCUCGCGGUCUCGUCCUCCAUCUCUUCGCGUAUUUAUCUAAUAUCUAAUAUAUCCAGCCGAACGUCCGUCGAGAUUUAUCUUUCAAUCUCGAGCCUCGAGCCGCUAUCUAUUCGUCGUUUCGUCUCGCUUCUCUGUCUCUCUCGCGCGUUACGUACACACACACACACACAUAUUCUCUUUCUCUCUCUUAUUCUCUCUCUCUCUCUCUUUCUCUGUUACUCUCUGCUGUCCUACUCUGCCGUCUUCCUCUCCUUUUCUCGUGCUGCUCUUAACUACACUACGGCACAUUCGCUCUCGGUGCUAUGUCUACGUACUCUCGUACCCAGGAGAGCGACGCGUGGGCUCUUCUGGCAUUGAAGUCGGCACCGGCCAGCCCGACGAAGAUGCAGUGGAAUCCGGAGUCGAAGGGCGCGCCGAUAGCGCGGCUCGAGGGCCGCGAGUUCGAGUAUAUGGUUAGGCAACGGCGCAUCACGAUCGGCCGUAACAGCAGCAAGGGUGAGGUCGACGUCAACAUGGGCCACUCCAGCUUUAUCUCGCGAAAGCACCUUGAAAUCUAUUACGAGCAUCCGUUUUUCUACAUGGUGUGCAAUGGCAAGAACGGUGUGUUUGUCGACGGAGUGUUUCAGCGCAAGGGCGCUUCUCCCUUUCAGCUACCAAAGACAUGUACAUUCAGAUUUCCGAGUACAACGAUAAGGCUGAUUUUUCAGUCGCUUAUAGACGAACAGGAGCAAAGUAAUAUUCGCGUGCCCUCCCCGCCAAAACAAAGGGCACCUUUACCGCCACUGCGGAUAAAUAUACCGGAUGCCGGGUAUAGCAGUCCGUUCCCAUCGCCCACGGGAACAAUUAGUGCCGCCAAUUCCUGUCCGGCGAGUCCACGCGCCGGUCAGGGUAGGAGAAACAUUUCGGCGGAUUUGCAGAUGGUUGCAGCGUACGCCGCUGCUGUGGCGAACGAUCCGCAAAAUUCCACCUUGGACAGGCAUAACUUGGAGAGGCACGAGGGUGGACAGAGUUCCAGCAGGCAGAUUAGCCCUGAGCCUGGUGCUGAGGCACGUUACAGAAGCGGAAACAGUUCGGGACCGAACGGUACCACGCCACACUAUAGCCCACCGAAGGACGACUCAAAGCCGCCAUAUUCCUACGCACAACUGAUUGUUCAGGCGAUAGCAUCGGCGUUAGAUAAGCAGCUCACAUUGUCGGGCAUUUAUUCUUACAUCACUAAGAACUAUCCGUACUAUAGGACCGCGGAUAAGGGCUGGCAGAAUUCUAUUCGGCACAAUCUAUCUUUGAAUCGUUAUUUCAUCAAAGUACCCAGAAGCCAAGAGGAGCCGGGUAAAGGUUCUUUCUGGAAGAUAGAUCCUCAGUCGGAAGCCAAGCUCAUUGAUCAAGCCUUUAGACGGAGACGACAACGUGGCGUACCUUGUUUCCGUGCGCCUUUUGGAACAUUAUCAUCGAGUAGGAGUGCACCGGCUUCGCCAUCUCACGUAGGGAUUAGCGGUUUGAUGACGCCGGAAUGUCUAAGCAGAGAAGCUUCCCCAGGACCCGAAUCGUAUCCGGACAGUUCUGUCCCCUCUCCGGCUGGACAACUUGCGACGAGUCAAUCGGCGCCCGGCUCGCCCGGUCAUCCAUACACAUCGUCUCAGUCGACUCACAAGGGACGUCUGAUGCAAACGAUUGUAACAAACGGCGUUAGUGGUGAUACUGGAAGAGAAGAAAAAUAUUUGGUGCCUGGACCAAACGUUGUAGAGGACCAUUCUUUAUCUCCGGCUGGCCAAUACAGUCCGGCUCCUGUUAUUGUACAAACGACGUAUAAUUACAGUGGAAAUUUUAUCGGCCCCGAUGCUGGCGUCGGGGGGGUUAGCAAACGUGCCCACGAAGAGUCGGACAGCUCGCCGGGUUCACCGGCCCCACUUGCGAUUGUCGAGAGUCCCGAGCCACCCGAACAACCAUCGCAAUCUAAACGUCAACGUAUUCACGAGAUGGACGAUCAUUGAACUGAUACAUACACUUAGCAUCCUGUUACGUAGAACAUUACAUUUACAUUGCAUUAUUUGUCUCUAUCGUCGAACACAUAUUGCAAACUUCAUAUUGUUUUAAUUGCAUAACCGCUUUAGACUGCACAUAAUCAAGAUUGAGCGUCAGUUCUAUUAUCUCGUUAAGAAUCGCGAGAAACUGUUGUGUGUAUGAGUUCGCAGAAGAAAUACCGAUCUUUGAAAGAAAGAAUGACGAGAGCAGAAGACACUUUUCCUGUCCUUCUAGAAUUCAUGUUUCGACAUGAUUCUCUCAUCAACAGUCAAUGUAUAUAAGAUAUACAUAUACUUUAUUAAAUGCUUUCUCUUUAUGACUUGUUAACUUCGGCUGAAGAUAUAGUAUAUAUAUGUAUAUGGAGCUUAUUUGAUCGAAAAAGUCAUUCAAAAUAGUAACAGCAGCUGAUACCGCGUUGACAUAAAAUUGCAAUAAUGUGAUGCGGUAACGUGUGCCAUUCAGCGUUUAGCCGAUUUAUUAAAUAGACAAAAAGAAAAAGAAACGAUAAUGUUAUCCAAUGUAAUCCAAUCAAGUUAAAGCGCGAUAUAUUUACGAUUAUGAAUUCAUUGAUCGACAUCCAUUUCAUGCUCGCGUAAUUUUUGUUGCAUUACCGCUUGCACCAACUUGACGUCGUUAUCGCAAUUAACGAAGAUAAUAAUAAUAAUGCAAAAUGAUAUAGAAGAGAGAGAAAUAGAUUAUUAUUACAAUUAUUAUUACAA